AUGGCAAUCCUGGCUGCACACGAGUCCCACAAGCCUUUAGCUGAAUCUGAGAUCUCCGAGGCCGAGGCGGCAAGCGUUGAGCAAAAGAUUCGAGAUACCUUGGACGAUUACAACGAAGGUAUGCUGAACAAAAGAAAGCUCGAUUAGAAUGACUAUUCACGGACUUAGAUACACAAAAAAAGCUUCUUGAAGAGGUACAAAGAGAUGUCUCUCUUCAAGCCAUUCUUGGAAACGUGGAUUCCACCAAGUCUGAAAGUCCUUGUGGUGAUGGAGCGUCUUUGGUCGAGUCUGGUAAGAAGUUCCUUGCGAGAACAAUCCUUCAAUUGGCUUCGCUGAUUGACCCUACUAGAACCCCAACAACCUACUCGAGACACUCCACCAGAACAAUCUCAGCUUCCACACGGAGCAAAAUUCAAAUUCAACAUUCCAGGAACAUUUGCGAACCACCGAGAAAAGAUCGAAGGACGACUGGACUUAUUCCCAGUAUUGCUCUGUCUCAGCCACGGUGUCACAAUGCUCGUUGGAAUGGCUUUGGUAAACGCUUUUGACAUCGAUCCAGUAAAUGCAAUAAUCUUGAUUGCUAUAGCUGUACGGCAUAUUUCGUCAUCAUGGCAUUUCGGCAUAACCAAAGAUCAAAUUCAUAGGAUCUCGCUCUGGUAGAUGUACGCGGUCAAGACUCUCUCCUCAAACGUCUAUACGCUUGA